AUGUGCACAAGACUGCGACAUAGAUAUACCCUCUCUCCGAACCAUUUCCCAUUUUUCUUUCGUUUUUUUUUUCUUCCCUCUCUCUCUCUCUCACCCACCCUCUCUACUUUUUUUACUAUAAUGGGUUCACCUUCAAUUAAUGAAAUCCAAAAGCCUGAUCCAAAUGCAAAUUCACCUAUUGAUUCAAAUAUAAACAAUUUAUUAGUUAAAUCUAUUGCAUUACAUUUGAAAUUAUUAUUAAGAGAUUCUAAUGUAAAGUUCUCAAAGAUUGCCUUUCUCCAAUUGAUUGAUUUGAUUAAAUUUCAAUUAAAUGACUUAAUUAAAAAUUUAAAUAGGAUUAUGCUAUUACAAAGGAGAUUGCUUGUAUCGAAUGAUGAUUUAAAUAUUUGGCUUAAUGGCUAUAAUAUCCAUCCUUAUGACCUUUACAAAAAUAUCCAAUUAAAUAACUUCUUAAAAGAUGAAAGACUAAACUCUGGUUAUGGUAAUAUCAACAGUAAUACAACCAACAUUGUGGAUUUUAUCUUACACCCUCCCUCACAUUCUACUGUCCCUGAAUCUACCUCUACUAAUAUCGAUAACCUCUUAAGAGAUCAAAUAUUAAUAAAUAAACAUUUAAAUUUAAACAAUUUGAUUCCAAAUGAUACAGAUACAACAUCCACCUCUACCUCAAAUAAAGAUGCGAAUAACACAUUUACCAACCCAAUCUUUAAUUGUAAUAUUAAUUUACCUGAAUUACCACCUGACCAUACCUAUAAAUUCACUCCACAAUUCACCAACUUUGUAACAGAUGAAAGAAUUAUUAAAAAAAAUCUCUUUAAUGAAAGUAAAAUUGGCGAACUGACUUUAUUACAUUAUUUAACCUCAAUUAAAAAUUACCAAAAUGAUUUAGAUUAUUACUCUUUAAAUGAAGAUACCACUCCUACCAUUGUUAAUGACUCAAAUGACAAUAGCAAAGAAAAAGAAGAAGAAGAAGAAGAAGAAAAACAACAACAACAGCACGAACAAAUAGACGAUGAAAUGUUAGCAUUAUUUGGAUCCGUACAGUCUAAUACUAAAUCAUAUAUUAACCAUGAUUUUAAUUUUUAUUACAAUAGAAAAUCUUUUGAUAUUGCUAAAUAUUCACAGAUUAGGAUCAACUUAGAAAAGAAAAGAGUGGAAAAUUUCGAACUAAAUAGCAUUAUGAACACAAAGAAUCCAAUUUUUAAUCUAAUCCAUGAAUUAAAACAACACGAUAUAUCAAGUAAUACAAGUAAGGAUGAUCAAUUAAGUGAAAACGAUUCAUUGAAUGAAUUUAGAAUUAAGACAAGUUUCGAUAAUAAAAAAAUAAAUGGAAUUUUAGAAGAUGAUUUAAACAAAUUCAUAAUGAGUCAAAGAUCAUUAAGAGCUAAGAAAAAAAUCGUUAUGAAAAAAGCAAUUAAAGAAAGAGAUAAAAGAAUAAGCCAAAUCAGAGAACAUAUCAUUGAAAGAGAGAGAAAAGAAAAUGAAUUAAAAACUUUAGCUUUAUUGAAAAACCAGCAAUUAGCCAAUUCAAAAGUAUUAGAAAAAGUUAAAAGUGUUACACCAGAUCUAAAAAUACCCAAUGUACAUUUGAAAUCAUCUAUUAUACCCACUGAAAUAUUAGUGGGCGGUUCUGCAACAAAUGCAAAUGGUGAUGAAGACGACGAUGAAUUAGGUUUAUUUGGCGGGUUAGAAAGUAGUGAUGAUAAUGAUGAGAGUAUUCCUAAUACCCAUGGCACAAACACAACCAACACUAUAAUUAAUGAAAAGACUCUCAAUACCUCUAAUACACAAAACGAUCAAAUUACUAAUAAUUCCCUCCCGGAUCCUACUUCUGACUCUACUCCUACAAUUAAUCAUGAUAAGGAAAUAAACAAAAACCAUACAACAACAGCAUCAUCUGGAAGCAUAUCUAUUGAACAUACGUUAACUGAACCACCAGAACUAAUAAAAAGCCCUACUGAAACCGAUUUAAAUAAUAAAGAAACAUCUAAAGUCAAUGAAUGA